AUGUGUCAAUUCUACCUCAUAACGAAAAACGAGCGCGACACUGAACCUUCGGGUUCCAGGAAUAUGGAAUUGAAGCGUCGCCGAGUUGGCGUGUCAAUAGCCUGCAACGCUUGCCGCCGCAACAAAAUCCGGUGCGACGGCCAACGCCCUCUUUGUUCCUCUUGCGAUGCCAAAGCUACCAAGUGCUCUUAUAGAGAUGAUUCCGAGAUAUCGCAAGAGUCUCAGACACUCUUGCUUGAGGUGUUUCGCCUAUUAAGCGCAAUUCCUGAUCAAGAAGUCCUGGGUAGAGUGCGGAGUCUCAAAGACGAGGUUGACGUAUCUGCCAUACUAUCGAGAUUAAGAGGCGAUGAAGCCAUAGAAAAGCACUCGGAUGCUCCGCUCGCUAUUCCGGCAAUGAGCGAGCAAUUUCGACUAAUGGAGCUAGGACCUCAAUAUCCUAAUGCAUAUCCAGUAAUACUGAGCCUAGAUCUGGAUACUCUUGAGGGUGUUGCAUAUCAGCAGCUCGUGCAAUCAAGACCCAACGAUGCGGGCUCAGCACACUCCCUCCCACUUUGCGACGCUCGUCUUAACAAGCUCGAAAUAGGGAAUUGGACCCAUGUUCCCAUCACUAAUCCGGUGGCAGCUCGUGCCAUUUCUAUAUAUCUGGAAACCGACCAUCCUCUCUUGGGAUACUUUGAUCCUAGCCUGUUCGUGUCCGAUCUUGUCACGUCAAUUCUCUUCUUUAUUGGGCUUGUUUCUGGUCUAUCCUCCAUGAACGGGCAUUCAUGUAUAAAGACAAAGGGCCGCUCGCCAGAGAUCGCAGGACCUUGUGCUUCGCCGAAUAUAAAUUUCGUGAACUCCUUGCUUGGAGCAAUCGGCUGCCGUCGACGUUGUCAAGAAGCGACAACAGCCCGCACUACGUGCAAAUUCUACAGUGAGAUUCCCAUUGUCACCCACGAUUCAUCUUUCGUCUUCCUGACAAAAAUCCGCAGCAUAUGGUUCCACGCCGCAGUGCUCGAUCUAUUUCGGUUUUCAAUGUCAUGCCCGUUAAAGGACUCUCAACUACGGACUUUUACCAACCCCUUUAGCUCCCCAGAGAAUGUCUGCAUCGCAUCUGCUCGCCAACUAAAGCAGCUUGUUAUAAAUUACAGGCUGAAUUUUACUUCUUCCUCAUAUACCAUUCUAUGGCAUACCGCCUUGACUUACCUCACUAAUGCAAUCUUACACUAUCCAAAAGAGGAUAACUGGUUUUUCUACUUUUUGCUCUGUGUCUACGGCUACGAACGGCUUCAGCCGUGCUGGCGGGUUACGCAGGUCAUUUCAACAGCGCUCUUGUCGAUGGCUUUGCGCAAAGGGGACAUCUCGAGUCCCACAGCACGCAGAGUGCUACGCGAUGUCGACCAUGACAGACUCAGCGAUAUACCCGGUGAGGUUAGAGCAACGUUCAUGAUGGAUUUGGACUUGGCAACAUCGGACCCCGUGUCCGCUACCGUGGAGAAAAUGGCGGAGACUUGGACCAGAAUAUGCUGCUCCAGCAGUACACGAAUAUCUUUGACAGAGAUGGUGAUGCUCAAGAAAGGACGUACAGACGCCAUUAUGUUUUCUGCGGCAGCGGGCAGGAGAAAUAUGUCGCCUGAUUCCACGACGGAAAGCACCAAGAUCAAGGACCGUGACGUGAGCGACGAUGAAAUCCAGCCGACAGACUCCGAAUCGACGGUGCAACAUUCCGCCACCAGCACCACAGCAGAUCAGGCCAAGGGCGAAGCUAAAGAGCGACAUACAGAACAGGCCAAGGAGUAA